AUGCGUGGCGUAUUUCCGAUUGUCGAAGAGGAAAGCUGCUAUCCGGGUGCCACUGACGAGAGCAUUGUCGAUCGCAUAUUUAUACAUCUUGGGGACCAAUCCAGAUUCAUCCGUCGUGCCACCCGUCAACGCCAAUUUGUCGUCGCCCACGGCCUCGAUUCCCAGCCUACUACUUACGAUGUUACAGGCUGGGUCCGACAGGCUCAAGCGAGUGAUCCAUCGAUUGGGCUGAGGAAACUGUUGUACGCCAGCAAUAGCGCCACGCUGCGAGAACUGCUUGCCCCGAGCGGACUGUCGGCCGGCGAUUCAAAUCUGAAGCUACGCAGAGCUACUCAAUCCUCGACCAAGCCGGGCUUCUGCGGCGUCAGAGAGCACGGAUUUGCCGCAAAUCUUGCACAUCAGAUUGACUACGUCUUUUCCGUUGUACGCCGCUCACCCCGUGCCCAUUUCGUGCAUUGUAUACAGCCGUCGCCGAACAGUGGAAACUCUGCGCAGAUGCUAGCCUCCGGGCUUUCGACGCAGGACCCGGUGGAUGUACCAUUUGUCAGGGGUCAGAUGCGGAGUAUUCUGCUGAUCGACACAGUGAGAGCGAAUAACAGGGGAUACCCCGAGCGAGUGUCGUUCCGUGAUUUCCGGCGUCGUUUCGGUUGUCUGACAGAUGAUGGCCAGGGCGCGGCGACGAUCGAUGAUGAAAUGGAUGACCGAGCAGCCGUUCAAAAAAUCAUGGAUCGAAUGGACAUUCAUGCACAUCGCUAUCGACUCGGCAUCAGUCAGGUUCUGCUCCGCUCCGACGUCCUCUCCGAGCUGGAAGAUCGCGGGGAUCUCGGUCUCGGGCUCAUCGUCGCCUUCCAACGGGAGGCCCGUCGUCACCUCGCCACCAAGUGGCUACAGAAGCGUCGCGUACUCGAGACCGCUAUUCGGUGCAUACAG